AGUCCUCUUGCUGAUUUCCCUUUUCCCUUCUUCCCAGGAGCAUUGUUUUUGCAGGUUAUCAUGUUUGUGUUAGUGGAGAUGACAGAUACCGUGCGGAUCCCUCCAUGGCAGUUUGAAAGGAAGCUUAAUGAUGCCAUCACUGAAGAGUUAAAUAAGAAACUGGCCAAUAAGGUUGUGUAUAAUGUUGGCCUCUGUAUUUGUCUCUAUGACAUUACAAAGCUGGAGGACUCCUACAUAUUCCCAGGAGAUGGUGCAUCACACACAAAAGUGCAUUUUCGGUAUGUGGUGUUUCAUCCCUUUCUUGAUGAGAUUUUGGUUGGAGAGAUAAAAGGCUGCAGUCUAGAAGGAGUUCAUGUUUCUCUUGGGUUCUUUGAUGAUAUCAUCAUUCCUCCAGAAUCUCUGCAGCAGCCUGCCAAAUUCGAUGAAGCAGAACAAGUGUGGGUUUGGGAAUAUGAAACCGAAGAAGGAGCUCAUGACCUGUAUAUGGACAGAGGGGAGGAAAUCCGUUUCCGUGUAGUGGAUGAAACCUUUAUCGACACAUCCCCAACAGGCCCCAGCUCUUCAGAACCCUCUACCUCAAGUGCCACAGAGGAGGUGCAGAAAAAGGAAGCCCCCUACACACUUGUGGGAUCUAUCAGUGAACCUGGUCUGGGCCUCUUGUCCUGGUGGACAAAUAGUUAGCAAAAAGAAGAAAGGAUAUUCUGCAAGAUGGAAAAUUGCUCUGUUUUUGAAACAGCUGUUGCAAAGCUAAAAAUAUGUUUUCCUGUUUUUUGCUUUGCACUGGAUUUAUUUCAGUCUGGUGGUCUAGGCCUAGAAAAUAAGUGGAAACAUUCAGUGCAAUAUCACCGUUACAGAAGCUUUGGCAUUGGCCACAUCAACUGAGGAAUUUCCGAUUUCCUGACCUUGCAUUUUAGGUCAGAUGCAAGAAAAAAAAUCUGAAGAACACUUACCUGGAUUAAGAUACAUGAGAAGAAUAAUGUUGUAAAAGUAAGCAUCCAUAUUACCGAAAGUGGUUGUUUCCAAUAGUAAAGUGAAUAACUUGGAUGUUCAAGACUAGCAGAUUGUGGGGAGAAAGAUUGUGGCCUGGAUGGGCGUGGAUAGGAAUUCCCAUUUUCUAAAUUAUUUUGUCAGUUCUUUUCUCAACGAAUUAAAAAUUCUUGCCUAA